CAGGGACACCGGAAUACCUAUCAGGGAAGUGUUUUUUCUUUUUGGGUCCGGAAUUGUUGUUUGAAGAAUGAGAUUGAAAUAGAUAUGGUCGUCGUAACUUCUCGCGGAGGAUAAUAACCUUUGGUAACAACGUAAUUCACUUAAGCGGGAAAUUGGUUCAGUUUCCAACCGCUGAAUAAUAAACUUUAGAAUUAGAAAAAAGUAAAAUUACCCUAUCUAGGGUUUUAGAAAAAGAGUGUGUGUGUGAGAGACAGUAAAGUAAACCCCUUCGAAAAUUCUGCAUUUAGAUCUAUCUUUCUUCUUCGGCAAGAAACAACACAGGACAUAACAAUCUAUCCAUUUCUAGGGCAAAAAUUGGAUUUUUGAAAAAUCUGGUAUUUGAUUAUUCAUUUACAGCCAUGAGUAACCCACUAGGAUUGCGAGAAUAUCUUGUCAAUAGUGAAGCUAUUUAUAAAGUAAAGAGGGAAAAGGGGCAGAAUUGAGUAGGAUUCCGGGGAGAAAUUAAGGGUGCGUUCGGAUUUUGCGAGUUUUGGGACAGGGACAGUGCUGUUGGAGGAUAUGGAGGCUAACCAGCAAAAGCAACAACAACAGCCGGAACCAGUGCUUCCUAAUGGUCAGAACAAGUUCUGGACUUGUUGUCCUAUUUGUAAUAUAAAGUACCAAUUUAAUAGAGAGGUGAUGCUAAGAGUCCUUCGAUGUCAAGGUUGUUUGAAACCUUUUAUUGCUUAUGAUAUGAAUGCUCAAGCAGUGCCACCACCGGGAGGUAAUAGUGGGUCUUUAUCUGCAAAGAAAGAUGUAGUGAGACAGGAUGAUUCACUGAUGUGCAGAGAAACUAUGCAGAGUAGUGGUGACAAUGCAGCAAUGUUGUCACAGCCAUCCAUCAAAGCUAGUGGGGAUGCAGGAAUGUUCUCACAGGCAUCCAUCAAAGCUAGUGGGGAUGCAGCAAUAUUAUCACAGGCAUCCACUAAAAAUUUUGUCACCGCAGCAGUGUUAUCACAGACAUCCACUAAAGCAAGGGGCGAUGCAGCAUCAUCAUCACAGUCAUCUAUUAAAGCUUGUGGCAAUGCGGCAUCGAUAUCACAGCCAUCCACUAAAGCUUGUGGGAGUGUAGCAAUGUUAACACAGCCAUUCGAAGAGGGUCCCAAGAGGUUUUUUGACUUCGACGUGUAUAGGAGUGAAGCAUGCUUUGCACCUGAUCAGAUGUGGGCCAUGUAUGACGAUAUAAAUGGCAUUCCCAGAUGCUACAUCCGCAUCAAGAAAGUUUUUUCACCUGGUUUCAAGGUGCUCGUCGUCUGUUUAGAGUUUACAUCUGAGGACCAGUUUGAGAUUCAUUGGAGCAAGAGUGGGUUGCCCGUUGCUUGCGGGACGUUCAAAUACAAGAAGAUUGAUACGGUUGAAGAUAUACGUGCAUUCUCCCAUAGGAUUAUCUGUGAAAAUGGUGCGGUAGGAGGUACCUAUAAGGUUUAUCCCAGAAGAGGUGAAACUUGGGCCAUCUUCAAGAACUGGAACAUUAAUUGGACUUCCGAUUCAGACAGCAAUAGAGACUACGAGUAUGAAUUAGUGGAAAUACUUUCAGAUUAUACCAAGGAAUCAGGCCUUUGGGUCGCCUAUUUAGAUAAGAUUAAAGGUUUUGUAAGCCUGUUUAAACACAAUGUCAUGAAUUGCUUUCACAUACUGUCGAAUGAACUUCUACGAUUCUCGCACAGGGUUCCUUCCUUCAAAACGGCUGGUUUCGAAUGCAAGGAAAUCCCUGAAGGUUAUUUUGAACUUGAUCCUGCUACCCUGUAUCGUAAGCAUGUUCGAAUUUCUGAUCCUGCUGACAUGAGAGGAAAUGUUAAAAUUAUCGAUUCUAUGAUUAAUUGUUCAAUUAAAUCUGGAGCAAUUAAGAAGCCCCGUUCAAAGAAGAGAAAAGAGACUGAAGGAAGGGACCUCACGGAUGCUGGAUACUUGAAAGGUGGAAACGGGUUGGUGAAUGUGUGCAGUGAGAAGCCAAGCGAAGAAUGUACUGCUUUAUCAUUGGGCAAGACCUCUGGAGUUGCAGAUGGGUCGAAAAGUUGCGAAGCUUCAAAUUUUCUGGGUGAUGCUAUGGACAUGAGUCCAGAUGGUGUGGAUGUUGCCAAGCAAACCUCUCCACAGUCUUCGAUGGACCUUUGUGCAGUUCCAGAGGCAGAAUUUUAUAGUUUUGAAGAUGACAAAUCGCAGGACAACUUUCAGGCUGGUCAGACAUGGGCUUUGUACAGUGAGUUAGAUGACUUGCCCAAGCGCUAUGCUCAGAUAGAUUGUAUUGAAUUGUGCCCAGAUUUUAGAAUGGAGGUAAAAUGGCUGGAAGCAUUCACCCCACCGAAGGGCGUGAUUCAGUUGCCUGAUAAGAAAAUGCCCAUGAGCUGUGGAACUUUCGAAGCUAAUGAAACAGGGGUGUUUAGUGAUACCGCUGCUUUCUCUCAUUUGUUAACAGGAGUAUCUGCUAACAAGGAAGAUAUGUACGAAAUCUAUCCAAAGAAAGGAGAGGUAUGGGCUUUAUACAGAAACUUCAAGUUCGACUGGAAGUGCUCCGACUUGAGGAAAUGUAAGUAUGAUGUGGUUGAAGUUCGAGAGGUAUACGAUGAUCGUUGGGUUAUAGUGUUGGUUUUGGAACAGGUUACUGGUUUCAAGACAUUAUUCCAGGCUAAAACUGAAGCUGGGCGUGACUUCAUCAUGGCUAUACCAUGGAUUGAGUUGUUUAUAUUCUCUCAUCAAAUUCCUGCCUUCCGUCUGACAGAAGCAAGAUAUGGAAGUUUGCGGUGCUGUUUGGAGCUUGAUCCCAAAUCGAUACCAGCUUGUUUAAUUUCUUCGAAGUAAAUGGUUGUACGAGGGUCUUUUAUUCCAUCCAACUCCAUAUGCGCAGAACCCUUUGCGAACAUUAACCAACCUUACCUAGUGCCUAAUGAUAGUGGAGGAUACUCGCAUGUCUUUGUAGAGGAGCUUCUUGGAGUUGUAUUCCAGACUUGUAGGUGUCAGGUCAGUUCUCUUUUGUAGUUCUGCUGCCGCUUACAAGCUUGUAUGUAUGCAUGUAUGGUGGCGCAUUUUGUUGCUAGCAGUAAAUGUGAAAGGUGUUACAUUUGUAUGUAAACUUACACCACUUAUUUGUAAGGGUGAAAGGACAUGGAACUUCUAUUUGGGCAUGUGUGCUGCUGUUCUUUGUUUGUACUUAAUUGUAAAUUUUGUUAUAAAAUCUGCAGGGUAACUACAACAAUCUGAAAUGUCUUUUUUUC